UUCCCCGCUCGGGAAGAUGCUCCUUGUCGGCCUUUUGCGCCUCGGCCCCGCUUGGCUCGCGCUGUUCGCUGCGUGGACGUUCCUCCUCCUCGGAGGAAUUUCCACCCUCAGGCGGACUCCUUCGGCUCCCCGCCUUCCACUUCCCCUCUGCCAGCAGGGCAGGCCUCUUUCCCCGCCGGCGGCCAGACGGCGAAGUCGCUGCACGCCCACCCGCUCGGGCAACCUCCUCCGUGCACCCCCGCUGCUCGCCUCCGCGGCUGCCCUCUUCUUCUUCCUCGGCGGCCAUGCCGGCCCCCCUCGGCCGCCUCUGCCUGCCCCUCCUCCUCCUCCUCCUGCUCGGCCUGGCCUUCUCCCCCGGCUCCCCCAGCCCGCUGGCCCCCUUCGACCUCCUCUACGCCGACGGCGUGCGGGCGUACUUCGCCCAAGACUGGCCGCGGGCCGCCGAGCUGCUGCAGCGCGCCUUGGACAGUUACGCGCGCCUGCAGGACGUGCGCCGGAGGUGCCAGCGCGGGUGCCGGGCCGAGGCUGGCUGGGCGGCCGGGGAGGCGCCGCUGCUAGGGCGGCCCUGGGAGACCGGCUUCUUCGAACGGGUGCUGCAGCGGGCCGAGUGCCUGCAAGAAUGCCUGGCGCGCCGCCUCGACGGGCAGCCCUCCCUGCACCGGAGCACCGCCGAGAUCCAGCGGGACAUGGAGCGGAGGGAGCCCUACAACUAUCUGCAGGUGGCCUUCUUCAAGCUCAAGCGACUGGAUGAGGCUGUUUCUUCUGCUCACACUUUCUUUGUGGCAAACCCACAGCACUUACAGAUGCGGGAGGAUAUGGAAAAAUACCAGCGCAUGUCAGGGGUGAAAGCAGAGAGCUUUCGGGAUCUUGAAGCCAUGCCGCACUGGGUGGCUUACGAAGCUGGUGUGCAUCAUUACAGUGCGGAUGACUAUCAGCAGGCAGUGGCAAAGCUUGAGGAGUCCCUCAGAGAAGGGCUGCUGGUGCUGGAGGAUUGCCGAUCCCUCUGUGAGGGGCUGCAGGAGGAAGAAGAAGAGGAGGAGGAGACACAACGUGGCCUCUAUGAAGCCAUUGCAGCCCACUACAUCCAGGUCUUGAAGUGCCGGCAGAAGUGCGUCCUCGACAUCGCCACAAAGCCAGGGCGGUUUUCUUCCAUAGAGGACUUCAUCCCAUCUCAUUUUGACCUGCUGCAGUUUGCCUAUGACCAAGUUGGGAACCAGACCCUUGCUGCUGAAUGUGCAGCGACCUACUUGCUAUUCUACCCAUCAGAUGAGAGGAUGCUGGAGAAGAUGAAGCAGUAUCAGGUGGCACUGGGGGCGGAAGCACCUGUUACUGCCAGAGAGGGAAUUCACAGUUAUGUACACCGGUCUCUCAUGGAGAAGAAGCUGAUCUACUAUGCUGUAGAGCACCUCGGGGAAACAUUUGAUGAUCCCGAGUUGUGGACUCCAGAAGAGUUGAUCCCUGAGGGCCUAAAGGCAAAACACAGAGAAGACCAAGAGAAGCAGAGGCUAGAGGCUCCAGAGAAGGGACAGCAGCAACAAAAAGGCCUUCUGCCCUUUGAGGGUGUGACCAUCACCAUGGAUUCACAGCAGCUCAAUGGAUCUCAAAGGGUCGUCUUGGACCGAGUCCUGACCGAAUCUGAAUGCAAAGACAUCCUCCGCCUGGCCAAGGCAGCCGGUGGAUCAGGAGAUGGUUAUCGUGGCCGGCGUUCGCCUCAUACCCCACAUGAGAGAUUUGAAGGGCUAACAGUGCUGAAGGCUUCGCAGCUAGCUGAGAAGAAUGCAGUGAACUGGAGAGAUGCUAAACUGCUCCUGCAAGCCAGUGAGAAAUCCCGUCAAAUUGUUGAGUCCUAUUUCACACCUGAGAAAAGACUCUACUUUUCGUUCACGCACUUGGUCUGCCGCACUGCUGCCGAGGGGGAACAAGAGGGCCGCAUGGACCUCAGUCAUCCAGUCCAUGCAGACAACUGCCUUUUGGACCCAGAAGGGAACACAUGCUGGAAGGAGCCUCCUGCUUACAUCUACAGAGACUAUAGCGCAAUCCUGUACCUGAACGACGACUUCCAAGGAGGAAACAUUUUCUUCACUGAGACAGAUGCCAUAACUCUCACUGCCCAGGUACGGCCGAAAUGUGGGAGGCUAGUAGCCUUCAGCUCUGGUGGGGAGAACCCCCAUGGUGUGUGGGCUGUGACCCGUGGAACACGCUGUGCCAUUGCCCUGUGGUACACCUUUUCUCCAGAGCAUUCAGAACAGGAGCGUGCCCGGGCAGAAGAGCUGGUGAAACAGAAGGAGGCGGAACAGGAAAAGUCACAUUUGGAUGACAAGGAGAACUCCACAGCUGGCCGCAGCAGCGGAGACUCACCAGAGCCUCCUCCCCUGGGAAGGGCUAGAUCCUCUAGCCGGAGGACACCAUCCAAGGGGCUGCAGACCAGAGAUGAACUCUGAGCCGAGUGGAAAUGAGACUCUUGUGACUUUUUAAUCUAAGAACUGACCUUUGCGCAAUGGGCUCAGGAAGUCUGUCUGACUUUGUUAUGACAUCACAGCAAGGAGGAUGACCUCAGAAGAUGAUGCUUGAGUCACACCCACCGUUUUCACUUGGAAGUCCUUUUGCCCCAGUUAAGGUGGCUGAAGUUGUGAGCCCAUGUAUCAGAGGGCUCAAGAGAGACUUAGCUUUGAGCCAUGAAUCCUCAGUUUCAAUUUGUCACAACCUUCUCAGGUGGCCUUAAGCAAGUCCCGCUUGCUCACUCUCUUGCUCAUCUAGUCAUCUACCAUUUGUGGGUAAUGAUACUGAUCAAACUUACAGGGUUGUUGUGAUGGCAACUUGAGAUCAGGCGUGAGAAGUGCUGCAAAACACCCUAAGGUGCUAUAUAAAUGGUAGGAAUUAUGA